GGGAAGACCAGGUCACCGGAAGCGGCUUGGAGCGCAUGCGCGGUGGGCCGGUCCCGUGGACGCCUGGCGGUCGGCUUCCCGAAGGGACGAGGCGGGAUCGUUGUUGUCGCCAUUGUCGUCCUUACAGUCUUGUGAAUAAUUACGGGUAAAGAAGAGAUAAGUUGUAAAAAUCAUGGAAGACUGUAAAGACCCUGAUUUGAAGGAGGCUUCAGUGAAUCACAAGGAUAUUCGCAUAAGAAAAAGAGGAAAUCCUCAGGAGGUGGAGCUAGAGAACCCAAAGAAACCAAGAAUGAAGGAACUCAACCAAGGGAAUCAGGAAAUAAGGGGGAAGGACCAGCAGUACCUAUUGAAAGAUGGAAACAAAUUCUCUAAGUCCAGGGAAAAGACAGUACAAGAAAAUGUCAUCACCAGAAAUUCUCUGAACCAGAAAGAGGUGCUUGAAGCAAACAGUGCUGGUCAGGAUAUUGCAAACGAGGGACUCUGGCAGACCCCUUCUCUUGUGGUUGGCAAGGUCCCUGUCAAUAAGGAUAAUGAAUCUAGAGUCAAAACUACAACGCUGGAACAAGAAUUCUCUUUGAGGUCAGAACAGGUAACUCCGGAGAGGAAACCUGAAAAUGAUGAGAAGCUGUCAAAGAAAAAAACUGGUAAAAUUUCAAAGCUAAAAGAAGUUCAUGAAAGCAAGAUGGAAGUUCCUCAUUGUGGAAAUCAGGAAAUCUGUGAAGAUGGGAAGUAUUCAACAAGUAAAGAGGCCUUAAAUAAAGGUGCCAUUGUGAGAAAAAAGAGAAUUGGUAAAUAUGUGAGCAUUCUACAUUGGAACACCAUAGCAGAAUCAAACAAAGAAAUAGUAAGCAGCCAGGUAAAAGAAGUGACUGGUAAAAAUAAGCAAGAAAUUCUUAAAGGAAAGGACUCCAAAAAAAGACAAGAAAAACCUCAUGAGCAAAAACACACUGAGAAAUCUCAGAAGGCAGGGAAGCCAGUAGAGGAGGGUCUCAUCGAUGAAUACAAGGCAGUAAAAGAAAGGGUAGGAAGAUUUGAAAUGAUCCAGAGAAACCAUGGUGAUGCUUCAGAUGCCCUCAAAGGAAAGACUGAAAAAGAAAAAAGCAAUGCAAAAGAGAACACAAAAGAAUCUGAGAAAAAGGAAAACACAAAUAAAAUAAAACAUGAUUAUCUCAGCAGAAUGGGAGGAGAUCAUGAGAAAGGACUGGAGAGCAAAAAAGAUGAUAACAAAAUGGUUGCUGUGGAAAUGGACACUGACAGGAAAAAUCAAAUAAUAGAAAACUCGAAAGGACAAAUUUCUUUUGAUGGAAAACAGAUGCAAAACAAUGAAAAUAAAGAGAAAAAAGAACUGAGGUUUGAAAAAAUUAAGGAAGAGAAUGAAGCAUCAACACAAGAUGGUACCGUGAAAGCAAAGAAGAGGAAACUACAGGAGAAUAAGAUUAAAUCAGAAACGUUGGUUCCUAAAAAAGAGAAGAAAAGGAAAAAAGACAAGGGAGAAGAAGAAAGUGUGCACAAACUAAAGGAAAGAAAGAUAGAACACUGGGACCUAGAGGAAAAAGGACAAAGAGAGAAAGGAAGAGAUAUAAAGACUGAAAGUGAGGAAGGUGGACAGAUACAAGAUGAAAAGCUGAGAGGCAGCCAUGAGGAUGGGGGUAAAAAAAGACAAGAAAAAUUAAAAGAUAGGAACAAAUCCAUAGAAGAAAAGGAUCUAAAAGGCAGGAAAGAAGCGAAAAAUAAAUUCCUGGUUAAAAAGAGUGGGACAAAAGAUAAAGUGAAAAAGGAAGAGUUUUUAGUUAAUGAACAGUGUUCCAAGAGAAAGAAAAAGAGAAAAGACAAGGAAAUGAAUAAAAUUCCAAAGGCAGAAAAUGAAAAGGGGAAAAAGAAAAAGCAAGAAGAAGAAAAUAAAUGGAAGUGGUGGCAAGAGGAAAAGAGAGAAGAUGGUAUGAAAUGGAAACAAUUGGAACAUAAGGGACCAUACUUUGCACCCUUAUAUGAACCACUUCCAGAUGAAGUUCACUUCUAUUAUGAUGGAAAAGCUAUGAAGUUGAGUUUAGCAACUGAAGAGAUUGCUACGUUUUAUGGGAAGAUGUUGGAUCAUGAAUAUACAACAAAGGAAGUUUUUCAAAAUAACUUCUUCAAUGACUGGCGAAAGGAAAUGACAGUGGAAGAGAAAAAGAUAAUCAAGCACCUGGACAAGUGUGACUUCACAGAGAUUCACAAGUAUUUUGUUAACAAGAAUGAAGCCCGAAAAGCUUUGCCCAAAGAAGAGAAACAGAAACUGAAAGAAGAGGCAGAAAGACUUCAGGAAGAAUUUGGCUACUGUAUAUUAGAUGGCCACAGAGAGAAAAUAGGCAAUUUCAAGACUGAACCACCAGGGUUGUUUCGUGGUCGUGGGGACCAUCCAAAAAUGGGGAUGUUGAAAAAAAGAAUAAUGCCAGAAGAUGUAAUCAUAAACUGCAGCAAGGACUCUAAAAUACCAGAGCCACCUCCAGGUCAUAAGUGGAAAGAAGUACGCUUCGACAACACAGUCACUUGGCUGGCAUCAUGGACUGAGAACAUCCAGAAUUCCAUUAAAUACAUCAUGUUGAACCCUAGUUCAAAGCUUAAGGGGGAGAAGGAUUGGCAGAAAUACGAAGUUGCUCGACGCCUCAAGGGAGUUGUAGAUAAAAUCCGUUUUCAGUACCGCUUUGACUGGAAAUCAAGGGAAAUGAAAAAACGACAAAGAGCUGUAGCUCUUUAUUUCAUUGAUAAGCUUGCCCUGAGAGCUGGUAAUGAGAAAGAAGAAGGAGAGACAGCAGACACUGUUGGCUGCUGUUCUCUUCGUGUUGAACACAUACAACUAUACCAUGAGUUGGAUGGGCAGGAACAUGUUGUCGAAUUUGACUUCCUUGGAAAGGACUCUAUCCGAUACUACAACAAAGUACCUGUUGAAAAGCCAGUAUUUAAGAAUUUGCAGCUCUUCAUGGAGAACAAGGACCCAGGAGAUGAUCUGUUUGAUAGACUUAAUACAUCAACCUUGAACAAACAUCUUCAGGACCUGAUGGAUGGAUUGACAGCCAAGGUGUUCAGGACUUAUAAUGCAUCCAUCACACUGCAGGAACAACUGAAAGCACUGACCAAUGCUGAAGAUAAUAUAGCAGCGAAAAUUUUGUCCUACAAUCGAGCAAACCGAGCAGUAGCCAUUCUGUGCAACCAUCAGCGGGCAACACCUAAGACUUUUGAGAAAUCCAUGCAAAAUCUCCAGACAAAGAUUAAUGCUAAAAAGGAGCAGCUAGCCAUGGCAAAGCAGGAGCUAAAGAGAGCAAAGGCUGACGCUAAAGUGAAAAAGGACGUCAAAUCUGAGAGUAAUGUGGACAAAAAGAAAAAACUGCUGGCCAAGUUAGAAGAACAGCUCAUGAGGCUGCACACCCAAGCCACAGACAAAGAAGAAAACAAGCAGGUUGCCCUGGGCACGUCCAAACUCAACUACUUGGAUCCCAGGAUUAGUGUUGCCUGGUAUGGAAAGACAGGAAAAGACUGGUGGAACCUUCUUCUAGAUGUGUAAGAAGUUUGGAGUGCCAGUGGAGAAGAUUUAUAAUAAGACUCAGAGAGAGAAGUUUGCCUGGGCAAUUGAUAUGGCAGAUGAAGAGUUUGAAUUCUAAGCUAUAAUUCUGUAUCUAUUUUUGAACAUUGGGAGGAAUUUUGUACAAUGAAGUAUUUUACUAAAGAGGUUUUUGGUUCUGCAA